AGCGUUUAAAAAAAUUAAGUACUUAUUCCAAUAAUUUUAAAACAUAAUUAAAAAAUCCAUUGUUUUCUUACGUCUACUUUAAAAUGUACGUUUUAACAUUAAUAUCGUUUGGUUGCUUCUUGCUAUUAUCACCAAUUAUUAUAGCAAAAGCAGAGCAUCCACCAUUUUCCGAAUUUUUUUCAACAGAAGAGAACACUAGAAUGAAAUUAUUCAAAGAUAUGAUGUUGGUAAAUUGGGAUUAUGCAACUUUCCAAGACUGUGUCACGUCAUCUAACGUAAACCAGCACAUUCUAGAAUACGGCAUUAUUAAUUUUUAUGUUCCAGAUGAUCCAACUCUUAAAGAUUUUUUAAUGUGUUAUGGUCGCAAAAGGGAUAUACUUAAUGACGACGGAAGCAUAAACUAUCAGGUGUUAUUCAACUUUUUGAGCGCUUUUGACUGUGGCAAUGAAAGGGAAACUCGUAAGACAAUAGGAAUGUGCAGACAAAAAGUAGGAAUAACCGGGCCGGAUAUUGUAUAUCAGACUUUAAAAUGCAUCACGAUCAGAUUUCGAAGAUUUAUUCACAAACCAAAAUGGUGGUUAGUUUACGAUACCUAUUAUGGUUACUCUUACUAUUCAAAUUAAUGACUGUUCUUUAUUUAUUUUUUAAUUAAUUUAUUUACGCAUUACAAAAUAAAAAUAAAAGAUAUUGCUA